GAGCGGGGAGCGCGAGGGAGUCUGGCCGGGGAUGAGACGGGAACGCGGGGAGCAGGAUCACACACACGAAAAAAAUACGAAGUUAAACCUCCAAAAGUUACAGAAACCCGUUGAAUUAGCCUUGACAAGUUAACGUUACACAGGAAAAGUCGUGGAGUCGAUGAGUUGCCGUAAGAAGCUGUGUACGGAGUCCAAAAUCGCGCUCCCCGUUUCCGUGUAAGAGUUCCAGUGUUAGCGAGCGCACGGAGCCGAAGGGCGCGCGGAUGGUGGUCGUGAUGCUCGCGGCCGAAGAGCCUCUGGCCUCCACUCCACGCAGAGAUAUGGAUUGUGUGGGCAAAGCUAAUACCAACAAGAAGCUUGUUCAAGCACGUCUGCCUUUCAAAAGGCUCAACCCAGAACCCAAGGAAUGCAAUGAGCCCAAAAGAACCAAAGGUCCUGUUGCUUCCAAGUGUUCUGAACCCAGUGAUCAGGAAAAUGAUCAGGACAGCUCCUCCAUCUCGCACCAUGGCCCGGCUCUGGUAAAUGGCCGUGGUCCCCUUGAUUGCUUCAUGAGUCGGCGGAAGCGUUCCCCAGUCCGCUCAGCUGUUGAAGCCACUAUUGACCUAACUGAAGACUCAAACGAUUCUGCCAAACAGCAGCCGGCCCCUCCGGUCGCUACCACCUGCCCUCUUAGCGAAGAAAAAACAAAGACCCCUGAAGGUACUACAGAAUCUACAGAACCGACUACACCACUGACGGAGGAGGAGACUGAAAAGGAUGAAGCUGAUGAUGUAGAAGCCCUCCCGCUUCUGGACAUCACUCAGGACUCUGACACUGAGGAGGAGGAGGAGGAAGAGGAGCAGCAGGAGGCUGAAGUUAGUCAUGGGAAUGAGUCUGUGCUGUCCACAGGGUCCACCAGCUCCGCCUCUGUCAUCGCGAGCUCACCAGAGCCCAGCAAGAGCGCUCCAACCACCCCUGCCUCUACAUCACGGAUAAAUGCAGCCAAUAAAGUGAAAAGACGAUCCCUUAAGAGUGUUCAAGAGCAGGAGAAGCAGCUACAGAGGGAUGAGAAAGAACGGCAGAAACAGGAGGCCAAAGCUGCCAAGGAGAAGAAGAAAGAGGAGGCCCGCAAGCUGAAAGAGGAGAAGGAGAGGGAGAAGAAAGAGAAAAAAGAGAAAGAUGAAAAGGAGCGCCGGGAAAAAAAGGAGAGGGACGAAAAAGAAAAAGCGGAGAAAUUAAAAGCUAAAGAAGAGCAACGGCAGAUGAAAAUUGAGGCCAAACUAGAAGAGAAAAGGAAGAAAGAAGAGGAAAAACGGUUGAAGGAAGAGAAAGAUCGAAUUAAAGCUGAGAAGGCUGAGAUUACACGGUUUCUACAGAAGCCCAAGACCCAGUUGGCACCAAAGACUCUGGCUUCUGCCUGCGGGAAGUUUGCUCCAUUUGAGAUCAAAACACACAUGUCUCUGGCACCGCUGACUCGAGUACAGUGUGAAGACUCCGUGCUAGAGGACCUAGACCGCUAUCUUGCCAAACCUGACAGUACUCUGAAUGGACUGAAGGACUGGACAGGGCACAAACCUCGCAGUUCAGGUCCCACCAGACCCAGGCAUAGUGCACAAGGAGACUGUGUGGUCAUAACUGAGAGCCAGAAGGCAGAUGGUGGACCAGACCGCAGUCGUUACGGCCGCAUGAAGCUCCUGCAUUUCCAUGACAACUAUCGGCCAGCUUAUUGGGGCACCUGGAGCAAAAAGAGCACCCACGUCUCGCCACGCUGCCCAUUGAGGCUGGACAAGGAUCUGCUGGAUUAUGAGGUGGACAGUGAUGAAGAGUGGGAGGAGGAGGAGCCGGGAGAGUCUCUGUCACACAGUGAGGGGGAUGACGACGAGGAAGGAGGAGAUGAUGAUGACGAUGAUGAUGGGUUCUUUGUGCCCCAUGGUUAUCUCUCAGAAGGGGAAGGAGCACUUGAAGAUGAGGAGGGUGGAGACCCAGAGAAGCAGAAGGUGCGUCAGAGGAUGAAGGCUCGUGAAUGGGAGAAUGAGCUGAUGUCUAAAGGGAAGGUGAAGGUGUUGGAGGCUGUGGUACGCGGCUGCUUUUGGGAAGGAGAAAAGCCUUUGCCUGACCUCCUGCAACCAUAUGCUGUCUGCAUGCUGGAGCCUUUAUCCAAAGACGAGGCCUCCACCCCUGAACAAGACGCCUCACGCCAGCAGAGGAACGAGAAAUUGCUUAUAAUGCUGCUGCCGUUGCUGCAUGGCAAUGUGAAUAGCAAUAAGGUGAUAAUCAGCGAGUUCCUGGAGUUUUGUCGCCAGCAAACAUCCUCGCCCACAGAAAGCCCUCUCAAUAUGACAGACAGCAUUCCACCCAGGAUCCACGUCAGGCGUAUCAUCAAGGAGAACGCAGUGUAUGAAAAGCGCUCCACAUUUAAACGCUGCUGCUGGUACGUGCAUGCAGAAGUCCUGGCCCGUCAUUCUCAGGAGGCGUUACCAGUUCCCUGCCAGUGGAACUACCUCACCACUGGGGCAAAUGUCACCCGCGAUGAGCAUAGCGGCUCACAGGGCAACUCUCCCACCACAAACUCCUCCACCACACCCUCCAACAAGAGGAAAAGCGCCAGCAGCCACUCCAUCACCAAGUACAUGAAGAAAUGUGGCGACUCUGAACAGACUGAGGCCAUGGAGACCGAUGGCUUCCAGGCAGAUACAGAGGAUGAUGAAGACGAUGAUUGCAUCAUCAUUGGAGAGCAAUCUGGUUCCUCUGAACAGGACGCCAACACAUCCUUGCCACAAACAGAUCGAGAAGCAGAGCCCAUGGACACGAGUGCAUCUGAAACUGCUGCUCACGCCCUGCCUUGUCCCACCCCUGCCACUGCCUGACCUCUGACACCUGGGUUUGCAUGCACAUGAACCAGACGCUCAAAAUCCGAUCACCCGAUUCGAAGGAUCUCACAGUAUUAAAGGUCCCCAGAAUGAAUCAAUGUUCCCUCUUCUUUAAGUGGAGGUCCGUUAGUUGGUGUACCGCUCUUCUUCAUAAGAGAGCUCCCACUUUUUCAGAGUGUGUAAAGGCUCUGCUCAUUCUCUGACACCAAUCAGGACGUUGAUGCUGAGUGCUCGGCCCCAUUGUUUUAAAUUUAGAUAUUUUUUUGUCUAUUUCUCCUCUCAGAAUACUUGAACUGGUGUAUGUCUUUCAAAAAUAGCGACAAUUGAAAUAUAUUGCACUUUUAUAUUCCACUUCUGUUUAUUUCAUUCUUCUACCCCCACCGGAGGUCCUUCCCCUUGUUUUCUUUUCCAAGAGGCUUUGUAUAAAUCUAGCACCCGCCAUGCUGCUAUAUACGGUGUAAAUACUACAUUUGUUAUUUUGAGCAAUGGUGUAGAAGCUGAAAUAGUAGGUGGCCGUCCAGCAUGGGGGGGAGAAGGGGAACAAGCAGCUUAUGGCGAAGUGUUUUCGUAAUUGUUACAAAUAAACUGCGCCGUAGUUUGCAGUUGUAAUGGGUUUCUAACAAAGCUUGUUUAAAUAAAGCAUUAUUUAAAAAAAUGAACAACUUUUAAUUUGCUGUUAGGGAACGUCUUUCCUUCCAAAUGGUAGAUUUUUCCACAGUGAGGCCAGUUUGGUUCCUCUCAUCGGACGAUGCUUUUUAUUUCAAACAUCACACCAAAAGCAACAGAACAACGUUUUGAUGUCUACAAAUCGGUGAGUGUAAAGCACAAGCACUGUUCAUUUUUGACAAUACAGCAUGGUUUAAUAAAGGAACAAGCUUCUGACAAUGUUCUUCUGCAACUAUUACAGUCAUUCUACAUUAAUAUAGUUGUAAUAUUGUUCAUCUUUUCUAUUUAAAUGUAUUUCCAACUUCCUGUGUUUGCCUCUGCUUAGCUGUACAAGCUGGCUGAAAUUGAACUAAUCAUAAUACACUGGUUUGUAGCACAUAUAGUUUUACUGAUAUUCUAGUCAUUUACCUGUGUCAGCUUUUUUAAUCGAUAGCUUAAUUGUACGAUUUGACAUGAACACUUUUCCCUUCUUUACUUGCACUUCAUUUGUUAGCUCCGCAUAGGGCUGGGCCACUAAACGAUAUUAUAUCGAACUGCGAUAAAAUUUGUCAAUAACAAUGAUACGCUCUGGACUUUUUGACUAUUGAUCUAAGAACCAAUAGAUUUCGGCUACGGAAAAUGUAUCAGCUGAAAAUGUUGUCAUUUAAUGGACCUUCUUAUUUUUGUGGCUUCAGUCAUUGUUGUGAUACUCUUUUAAAUCUGCAAGCAUUAACAACUGAUAUCAGAAUCAAUAUCGUUAUCGUUCAGUAUGGAAAAUAAUCAAAGGAUGCAGUUUUGCCAUAUUGCCCAGCCCUAGCUAAGCUUGUGUGCACUAGAAUGUUAUCGUCUUACGCUGGUGUUUUUUUCUCUCAGCUUAAUUAAAUAACUUCAUAUCCUA